AUGGGCGACUGGAACCUGCUGGGCAGCAUCCUAGAAGAGGUCAUCUUUGUGUCUGCACCCUCCCUGGUCUACAUGGGACAUGCCCUGUACUGUAUCCGUGCCCUGGAGAAGGAGCGCCAUCGCAAACGCUUCCAGCUGAAGGAAGAGAUGGACGAAGCAGAGCUGCUGGAGGAGCAGAAGCGCUUAGAGAGAGAGCUGAAGAGACUGGAGGAACAAAAGAGGGUGAAGAAAGCCCCUCUUAGAGGCUCCCUGCUGAGGACAUAUGUGAUCCAUAUCCUGACACGCUCUGUGCUGGAGACCUUUAAAGUCGUACCUGAGACUGACAACAAGCCUCCUCAUUACACCCCAGGGCUCAAAGACAUCCCAAGACACCACAGCAUAGCCUAUCUGGGACAUGGUCAGGCUAAUUAUAUCUGCCAGCAGCCACGAAUGGUCCCCAGGUCCAGCCUGAACUGCCUGGUCCAGCCUCACACUCACCAGAGUCAGGACAUUCACACCAGCAUUGUGGAGCAGCACCAGGAGUGGGCCUCUGUGGAGUCCACCAUGGGGGGCAGCCACACAGAGGAAACCAACGAGCAUGAAGACGACAGGCCCCAGUCCAGCCACCUGUCAGCACUCCUGUCCGCCUCAAGACCCAGUGUGGUCAGAGUGGAGGGCCACGAGAGGAGGACCUCCAUGGGCAGCCAGCUGCUGAUGGCAAACCCCCGUAAGACCAGCUUCAUGAUGCGACCCCCAUCUGAGAGCAUGUCCUCUAUGAGCGGCUCCAGCAGCCCCUCCAUGCACUCCUCUGAGGAGUCUGACGAGCUGGGCUCUCUGCAGGGAGACAUGCCCAUGAUGCCCCCCGGCGGGGGCCGCAGGAUGUCUAUGAGCAUGUUCCUGGACAUUUCUUCUAUAAUGAAGAAGUGA